GGAUCACGGACAACUCAGUGGAUCCUUUUUCACGGGCCGCACUAUUAAUAUUGAGUACAAAAUCGCAGUACUAAGUAACAGGUACGAUCAAAUGGAUAAGAAGUGAACCACCGCAAGCCAUGGCUGCCGGCGGCUGAAGAGCCCUAAUAGAUUGACAGACGGUAAAUCUUCCCUUCUCUUCGCCCUUCUCCCCCGAUCGAUGUCUCUUCCUCCUCACUAAGCUUUUAGUUUCUUGGGAUUUAAUCCGUGAUUGCGUUCGACCCCCCUUCCCAUUCCCAUGGAGUUCGGGGUUCCCACAAGGCAAACUCAUCGACAUAUCUGCUGUUUUGAUAAGCAAACCCCCUGUCUUCUUCAUAAAGAAAGAAUAUUUAGCCGUUUUGACUCUCCUUGUGCCGGCGUGAAGAAGCAUUGGACCAGGAGGCCGAGGCGGUGGCCGGGCGUGAAGGUUUCGGCCGUUUCCGCGGCCGAGACCUUUGGCACGAAUGGGAGGCUAAGGCUGUCGUCGGCGAAGGGGCCGGGGCCGGGGCCAGGGAAUUCAUCUCGCAGUUUCGAGGAAUUUGAGAGCAACAACUACCUCCGUAGGUUGGUUCGGAAUGGGGAGCUGGAGGAAGGGUUUAAGCAUCUGGAGAGCAUGGUGUCCCGCGGGGACAUUCCGGACAUCAUCCCCUGCACCAGCAUGAUUCGGGGGUUCUGCAGGGUCGGCAAGACCAGGAAGGCCACGCGGGUGAUGAGCAUCCUGGAGGACUCCGGGGCGGUGCCCGACGUCAUAACCUACAACGUGCUCAUCAGCGGCUACUGCAAGUCCGGGGAGAUUCAGAACGCGCUGAAGGUCCUGGAGCGGAUGAGCGUGGCGCCCGACGUGGUCACCUACAACACCAUCAUACGCACGCUCUGCGACGGCGGCAAGCUGAGGCAGGCCAUGGAGAUCCUUGACCAGCAGCUGCGCGAGGAGUGCUACCCGGACGUGAUCACCUACACCAUCCUCAUCGAGGCCACGUGCAAGGAGGGCGGGGUGGGGCAGGCCAUGAAGCUCCUGGAUGAGAUGAGGAGCCGGGGCUGUAAGCCCGACGUGGUCACCUACAACGUCCUCAUCAAUGGGAUCUGCAGGGAAGGCCGGCUGGAUGAGGCGGUCGGGUUCCUCAACACCACGAUGCCGUCGUACGGCUGCCAGCCCAAUGUGAUCACGCACAACAUCAUCCUGCGCAGCAUGUGCAGCGCUGGGAGGUGGGCCGACGCCGAGAAGCUGCUGGCCGAGAUGCUCAGGAAGGGCUGCUCUCCGAGCGUCGUGACCUUCAACAUCCUGAUCAACUUCCUGUGCAGGAAAGGGAUGCUGGGCAGAGCGAUCGACAUCCUGGAGAAGAUGCCCAGGUACGGGUGCAAACCCAACUCCCUGAGCUACAACCCGCUGCUGCACGGCUUCUGCAAGGAGAAGAAAAUGGACAGGGCGAUCGAGUACCUGGAGCUGAUGGUCUCCCGGGGCUGCUACCCGGACAUCGUGACGUACAACACGCUGCUCACGGCGCUGUGCAAGGAUGGGAAGGUCGACAUGGCGCUCGACAUCCUUAACCAGCUCAGCAGCAGAGGCUGCUCCCCUGUGCUGAUCACCUACAACACGGUCAUCGACGGGCUCUCGAAGAUGGGGAAGACCGAAUGCGCCAUCCAACUGUUGUCGGAGAUGCAGGACAGGGGCGGCCUCAAGCCCGACAUCAUCACCUACUCCUCACUCGUGGGAGGCCUCAGCCGAGAAGGGAAGAUCGAAGAGGCGAUCCGAUUCUUCAAGGACUUGGAAGGCUCCGGGAUCAGGCCUAACGCCAACAUCUACAACUCCAUCAUGCUGGGGCUCUGCAAGGCGCGGCAGACGGACCGCGCGAUCGAUUUCCUGGCCUACAUGGUCUCGAAAGGAGGGUGCAAGCCCACUGAGUCCACGUACACGAUUCUCGUGGAAGGCCUGGCUUACGAAGGUCACACGAAGGAGGCUCUGGAGCUGUUGAAUGAGCUGUGCUCGCGGGGGGUUGUGAAGAGAAGUUCGGCUGAACAGGUGGUGGACAAAUUGUAGUUUGAUGACCAGCGAUGCAUCCAUCUAAUCUCAGUUUUGGUAGAGAAUCGAAACAAUAUAAAACCCAGUUUAUAGUGGUUGGCUGGCUGGCGCUAAGAUUGUUUUGUUGUGUCAAACUUACUGACUGCGCGCCCACACACUUGCUUGCUGGCACUUGAUGAUUUGGAGCAUGAUUCUUAUUAUUC